AUGUUGUUCAAAGUUCUCACCCUCGCUUUAGUCGCCAUCAGCACCGUCUCGGCUGCCCCCGAUGGCAACACCAAUGGUCUGAACAGGCGCACCUAUACCCAGUAUUGCGGUGAAGCCACUUGGGUCCCACCCAAGGGCUCAACCCCUGGAUACUGCAAAUGCCCCUACGAAGGCCAGAUCUACAAGCAGUACUCUUGCGAUUGCCCUGAUGCACAGACCCUCAAGAACAGAAAAUGCGUCAACAAGUGUCCUGAUGAUUCAAAGUACAAGGCUGGUAGCUACGGCAGCUGGUCUUGUGUCUGCGAUGAUGACGGGGCUGCUUGGUCCUCUUCCUCUGGGCAGUGUACCUGCAAGUCUGGAAAGGAGCCUGUUCAGGGGAAGUGUGUUGAGAAGUGUCCUGGGGGGACUACUCGACAGGGUGAUGGUACAUGUAAGUGCAACGAUCCCAACAAGGAGCUCUUCAAGGGUUCUUGUGUCGACAAGUGCCCUCAGUACUCGACACGUCAGGAUAACGGUGCUUGCAAGUGUCAGGGUGAUAAGGACUUGGUCAAAGGAGUUUGUGUCGACAAGUGCCCUCAGUACUCUACUCGUCAGUCUGAUGGCAGCUGCAAGUGCAAUGACCCGAACAAGGAGAUCAGCAAGGGUGCUUGUGUGAACAAGUGUCCUAAGGAUACUACACGCCAAAGUGAUGGGUCUUGCAAAUGCGACGCUGAAGGCGAGGAACUCGUCAAGGGUGUUUGUCUCCCUACAUGCCCUACCGGGUCAACGCGUCAGAGCGACAAUUCAUGCAAAUGCACGGAUGACAAACAAGAGAUCGUCAAGGGAACAUGUUCUUGCGUGCCCAUCUGUCCCAAGGAUUCAUCCCGUCAAUCUGAUGACACCUGCAAAUGCACCGACGACCAUCAGGAGAUCGUGAAAGGAUCUUGUGUCCCUGUCUGCCCUAAAGACUCAAAGAGACAAGGCGACGAUACUUGCAAGUGUGAUGAUGAAGCGCAAGAAAUCAUCAAAGGAGCUUGUGUACCAGUUUGCCCGAAGGACUCGACCCGUCAGAAGGAUGAUACCUGCAAAUGCGAUGCAGACGAUCAUGAAAUCAUCAAGGGUACUUGCGUUCCAGCCUGCCCUAGCGACUCUACUCGACAAGGCGAUGAUACAUGCAAGUGUAAUGCCGAUGAUGAGGAAAUCGUCAAGGGAGCUUGUACACCUGUCUGUCCGAAGGAUUCCAAGAGACAACAAGACGAUACGUGCAAGUGUGAUGCAGAUGAUUAUGAGAUCGUCAAGAACACUUGUGUCCCAGUUUGCCCCAAGGGCUCCAAGAGACAGGCUGAUGAUACCUGCAAAUGCGACGCAGAUGAUCAAGAGAUUGUCAAGAAUGUCUGUGCUCCUGUCUGUCCGAAGUAUUCGAAGAGGCAGGAAGACGAUACCUGCAAGUGUGACGCAGAGGAUAACGAAAUCAUCAAAAACACUUGCAUACCCGUUUGUCCCAAGGAUUCGACAAGGCAACAGGAUGACACUUGCAAGUGUGAUGACGGUAACUACGAGAUCAUCAAGAAUGUAUGUACCCCUACCUGUCCGGACGAGUCUACCAGGCAAGAGGAUGAUACCUGCAAAUGUAACGAGAAUGGCUAUGAAAUAGUCAAGGAUACAUGCGUGCCCGAGUGUCCGAAAGACUCAAGCCGCCAAGAGGACGGCACUUGCAAAUGCAACUCAGAUGGAUUCGAGAUCGUGAAGGACACAUGCAUAGCUGCAUGCCCCAAGGACUCAAAGCGCCAAGAAGAUGGUACUUGUGCCUGCGACACCAAGGGCUAUGAGAUCGUCAAGGACGCCUGUGCCCCCGAGUGUCCCAAGGAUUCCACCCGUCAGGGAGACGAUACCUGCAAAUGCAACACCGAUGGAUUUGAGACCGUCAAUGGCGAAUGCAAACCGGAAUGUCCCAAGAACUCAGAGCGCCAGGCGGACAAGACUUGCAAGUGUACUACUGACGGCUACGAGAUCGUCAGUGGGGAGUGCAAGCCUGAGUGUCCCAAAGGAUCUACCCGUCAGCAGGAUGACACCUGCAAGUGCGACAUAGAUGGCUAUGAACUUGUCAAGGGAGAGUGCAAGUCCGGGUGCCCCAAGGAUUCUUCACGCCAAGAGGAUGGAACAUGCAAGUGUGCUGCUGACGGUUAUGAGAUAGUCAGUGGCGAGUGCAAGCCAGGAUGUCCUGAAGGAUCUACUCGUCAGCAAGAUAACACUUGCAAGUGUGAUACCGCUGGCUACGAGAUUGUCAAAGGAGAAUGCAAGCCUGAAUGUCCUAAGGAUUCCUCUCGCCAAGAGGACGGCACAUGCAAAUGCACCGCAGACGCUCAUGAGAUUGUCAGCGGCGAGUGCAAGCCAGAGUGUCCCAGCGGCUCCACCCGCGGCGAAAAAGGCGUCUGUGUCUGCGACGAUAAACUCGCCGAGCUCGACAACAAGAACGUCUGUACCUGCAAGCCCGGCAACGAGCCCGUCAAGGAAAAGUGCACACCCAAAUGCGAAGGCGAUUCUACCCGUGACAGCGACGGCAACUGCGUCUGCAGCAAACCCAACACCGUCCUCUCAGGUAACAAGUGCGUCUGCAAAGAAGGCUACAAGCCCAGCAAGAAGGGCUGCAAGAAGAACUGUGGCUCACACGCCUAUGACAAGGAUGAUGUCUGUGUAUGCAAAAAGGCUGGCCAGACUUUCAAAGAAGACAAGACCUGCACAUGUCCCACUGAUACACGCUGGAACGGCAAAAUGUGUGCUUCAAACUGUGGCUCUGAAGCUUGUUGGAGUAACUCUGCCAAGGGCUGUGUCUGCAACAAAGGCGGCAUGGACUUUGACAGUGAGACCAAGGGGUGCUCUUGUCCUGAUAAGCAAGUCUGGUCCGAUGGACAGUGUCAUAUUGAUUGUGGCAAGCUAGCUACGUGGCACAAGAAGUCUCAAACCUGUGUUUGCCCCAAAAAGGGUCAGUCUUUCAACCCUACUACUCUUGGUUGUGGAUGCACAGGUGGUAAGAUCUGGAGUGGCAAAGAGUGCAUCACUGACUGUGGAGAAUAUGCUUCGUACAAUUCUCGAUCAGAGACCUGUGUCUGCGACAAGAAGGGCCAGAUCUUUGAUGAAGUCGAGAGAACCUGUGGAUGUCCGGAUGGAAAGGUUUGGUCGAAGAAUCAGUGUACUACUGACUGUGGCGAUGCAGCGUCUUGGGAUGGGUAUGCUAGGCAGUGUGUUUGCUAUAAUAGGAACCUUGUCUGGGCUGAUAAGAAGUGUACGUGUGGUACUGGAAAGAAGAUGGUGGGAAAAGGCUGUGUUCGGUCUAGGUUUUAAGUGACCAAUGGUUGGUGAUAUGGUGAUGUGUGGGUGGGUUUCUUCUUCUUACUUUUUCUGCAGUAUACUAC